GCUGUUCUUAAAGUUGACUUCAGCAAUAAACAGGCUGCAAACCUACAGCCUGCCCCCUAGCGUCAGGGCAUAAAACUACAAAUCAAUUCUGAGUGAAUCAUGUCAGAAAAUAUACUGGAAGAAAUCUUUAUUAAACGAUCUCAGCAGAAGAAGAAAACAUCCCCUUUGAACUAUAAGGAGAGAUGGUUUGUUCUCACCCAGGAAAAAAUAGCCUACUAUGAUUUUGAUCCUGACAAAAAAAAGCGAAAAGGUUUGAGAGGAUCGGUUGACCUAGAGAAGAUCAAGUGUGUAGAGACGGUCCAGCCAGAGCCCAACACCCCACGAGAGCGCAUGUAUGCAUUCCAGAUCAUUUAUGAUGAAGGGCCGUUGUACAUCUUUGCAAAGAAUGAGGAUGUCCGGGCUCAGUGGAUAAAGAAGCUAAAGGAAAUGGUGAGCUUCAACAAGGAUCUGAUGCAGAAGUACCAUCCUUGUUUCUGGGCCGAUGGGUUGUGGUUGUGCUGCCAGCAGGAAGUUAAACAAGCUAUGGGCUGCAAGGUCCUGGAUGGUAAAAAUGGCUUUUCAUCCAAACAAUCUUGGCGAAGGCAAUCCAGGUGACCUCUCCCUCCUACUCCGCCAGAGAAGACUAUCUGGCCUUUACCUCCACAGCCUCCUGAGUCAUCUGGCCCCUCUGUAGGCAUGGCUGUCAUAGCUGAGUAUAACUACAAACCAAUGACAGCCCAAGACUUGGAGCUGAUAAAGGAUGAGCAGUACACCAUCCUCGAGAUGUCGGACACGAACUGGUGGAGAGCCCGAGACAAAUAUGGAAAAGAAGGAUACAUACCUAGCAAUUAUGUUGUGGCAGCAGAAAGCGAGCUAGAAAGAUUUGACUGGUAUUCCAAGAACACAAAUCGUAGCCAAGCAGAGAAGUUGUUAAGGACUGAGAACAAAGAUGGAGGCUUCUUGGUACGGGACUCAAGCAAGGCUGGGAAAUACACCGUGUCUCUGUUCAGUAAGGGUGGCGGGGAAAGCGGUGGAAGCUGCAGACAUUAUAACAUCUGCACCACUGCACAGGGCCAGUUUUAUCUGGCUGAGAAGCAUCCUUUCACCACCAUCCCAGAGCUCAUCAACUACCACCAGCACAAUGCAGCAGGUAUGGUUAGCAGGUUGAAAUACAUUGUAUCCAAUCGGGCGCGGCCUCCAUCAACAGCAGGGCUUGGUUAUGGUGUGUGGGAGAUUGAUCCCCGUGACCUGACCUUCAUCAAAGAGCUGGGCACUGGUCAGUUCGGAGUGGUGAAGUAUGGAAAGUGGCAGGGCCAGCAUGACGUGGCCAUUAAAAUGAUUAGGGAGGGCUCCAUGUCUGAAGAUGAUUUCAUAGAAGAGGCCAAAAUCAUGAUGAAACUUCGCCACGAGAACCUGGUCCAGCUAUAUGGCGUCUGCACCAAAACAAGACCCAUUUACAUAGUGACUGAGUUCCUUUCAAAUGGCUGCCUGCUGACUUACCUCAGGGAAGGCCUCAAACAGCACCCAACAACUGUCCAGCUCCUAGAGAUGUGUAAAGAUGUCUCUGAGGGCAUGACUUAUCUUGAGUCCAAGCAGUUCAUCCACAGAGACCUGGCUGCCAGGAACUGUUUAGUAGAUGGCAAUGGUACUGUCAAAGUGACUGACUUUGGACUGUCAAGGUAUGUCUUAGAUGAUGAGUACACAAGCUCAGCAGGUUCCAAGUUCCCUGUUCGCUGGUCACCUCCUGAGGUCCUCCUCUACUGCAAAUUCAGCAGCAAGUCGGACAUCUGGGCAUAUGGGGUUCUUAUGUGGGAGGUAUACAGUUUGGGGCGGCUUCCAUAUGAACGCUUAAACAACACGGAAAUAGUGGAGCAGGUGUCCCGGGGCCUGCGUCUCUACCGCCCCCAGCUGGCCAAUGAGAAGGUCUACAGCAUUAUGACAAGCUGUUGGCUCGAAAAAGCAGACGAGAGACCCACCUUUCAGGACCUGGCGCUAACUGUUCAGGAUCUGCUGUACGAGCUCCAGUAGAUGCCAAAAUAAUCCGCAGCGACACACCGACAGUUCUCUUUCCGUAUGUUCCUGGAAAGUUAACACAAUCAUUAAACAUAGCUCAGAGAUUGAACAUGGGACUGUGCGGUCACAUCAAGGUCCUCUGUAAUGUGAAUAUGUGUAUGUAUAUGUUAAUGCCACUAUAAGUCAUUGAUUAGAAUAGUCUUCCUAUGACAUACAGUCCUAUGAAACAUUUAAAAUAUAUAUAUUUUAUUGAAGGCUAUUGGCUUAAAGAAUAUCAUCUCUCUCCUUAUUGUAUUGUGGAGUCACUGUGCAAGGCAGACACCUUUGCCAGUUGAAAUAAGCUUUGUAAGAGCAUUUGUACUGCACAAAUAAA